AUAUUCGUAUUAUUAAAAUUUUCAUUUACAUUAAAAUCCAACAUUCCCCAUCACAUGCAUAAUUCCUAAGGCUAUAUAUAUACAUAUUAUCUUGUCCCUACAAGAUCACAUGUAAGCUUUAAUCCAAACAAUUGUCAGAAGAGAAUCCCAUAAACUUUCAAAUCAUCCUUCAACAACAAAGGAUUCAUUGCAAUCACAAAAUUUUUUGUUUGCAAAUGGAAAAUUUGUUGGAAAUUUCAGAGCCUGAAGUUCGUAUAAACUUCAUACUCAACAGCAAAUGCCGUUACAACCUGAUGCUAAGAUCCCUUUGCCCUGCUUUUCCGGUUGCUUUCAAGGUCCAAACUUCUUCUCCUCACAAAUUUUUGGUCAAUCCGCCGAGUGGACUAGUUCCCCCAUUAUCUCAAGUUGCUCUGCAAAUCGUUCUUAAACCUCAAGACCAGAUCCCACCCACUUUUCCUCGCUCUCAUUCCGACCGUUUCCUCAUCAGGACGGCCCUGUUCGACCUUGACUCCGGCGGGACAGCUCACUCCGAUUCGGUCGACUCGUGCCUUUCAGCUCGGCCAACUCACGAUAUCAAGCUCAAGGUCGCCUUCGUGGGGCCCUUUCUUCUCCAUCAUGCUGUUAGUUGUGGGAAUUUGGAGAUUGUGAGGAAGAUGAUCAAGAGGCAGAAGUCGGUUUUGUAUGAUUUAUCGACAAGAGAAGCUGAGUCACUCCUCCAAGUCGCGACGCAGUUGGCUAACUCGGAGGACAUGGUGAAUUUGCUGCUCGAGGCCGGUUUAAGGACAGCCUCACGUGGGGAAGAAGAAGAUGGCCACGAUGCGGGUUUUUAUCAGCUGGAUCCACGGUGGGAAUCGAAAGGAUGGACUGAGCUACACGUGGCAGUGGCCUUUGAUCGAACGGAAGAACUCGUGGAGUUGUUAAGAAAGGGGAGACGCGAGCCGUUGGAUUGGAGAGACAAGGAAGGGAGAACACCGUUGCAUUUGGCGGCGAGCAAGGGGAAUAUCGAGUGUGCUAAGAUAUUGGUUGAAUCGGGCGUGGAUAAGAAUGCAAAGAGCAAGGAUGGGAGGACAGCACUGUUUAGGGCUGCAGCCAAUGGGAACCGUCGAAUGGUGGAAAUGUUGAUCGAGUUGGACGCGGACCCCACGAUUCCUGAUGAUCGUGGCCGUUCAGCUUUUGAUAUCGCUCGUGAUAAGGGACACCCAAAGAUCUGUUCCAAGAAUGAACUGACAAGAACAUGGCAUGAUCAUGUAGGAAGAAAUGGUGGAGAUCAUGGAACGUGGAGAGGAAGUACUGAUGGCAGCAAGACGGGGAGACGCGACGCGGCUACAAUCACUCUUGCAAAAAGGAGCCGCCACGAAUUUUCAGGACCAAUAUGGACUCACCGCCCUGCAUGCAGCGGCCAUAAAAGGUCACAAGGACGUGGUUUCGCUGCUCAUAGAAUCGGGGUCGGACUUGGAACAUCGGGACAAUGAAGGCCACACGGCGUUGCAUCUGGCAGUGGAGUGUGGCCACUUGGAAACAGUGGAGGCGUUGAUUGAGAAAGGAGCUAAUGCCAAGGCCAAGAACAAAAGAGGGGUCUCUCCUCUCUACAUGGCUAAAGCUAUGGGUUAUGAUGUUAUCUCUCAGGUCCUUGCGCAAAGGGGAAAUUACUCUUCUCUGCCUUCUGCCUCCUCAUCUUCUUCCUCCCUUCCAUCCAUGUUAUGACAUUCAUAUUUUAUAAAUUUUUAUUCAGUGUAUUUAAUUUACAACUCAAGCUUCUCUGCGGGUCUUGCUCUUUUGGACGUACUCUGUAAGAGGUCACUAGCCAUCGAAGAAAUGGGCAAAGAAAACGCACCGUUUUAGGAUCA